AUGUGUUAUGCCACUGUUUUCCACUUUACGCACUGCGACACGCAACGUCGUGCCAUCAUCAAUCCCACCACUGGAGCGACAGCCUUCCACCCCUUCGAACUACCACAGCAAUGUAUCCACGGCAUUGUCAAACUUCCUCCCCUUGCGGACCCUGAAGCCGCAGCUCCUUGUCCGGCACACGGAACUUGUUGCCAGGCCGGCGUAGUUUUUGUCUGCGACAAAAAAGACAACCCCAAGGCUGAGUGUCCUGCAUGGCAGGCUCACCAUCGGACUAUGGAGCCCAAGUUACUGGAACUAUACCGGUCACAGUUGCUUCCUAUGACUACCGAAUAUUGGGAGCAAGCGCAGCUCAUGACUGAUAAAUUCGCGUAUGAGGAGGACAUUCGGAUUGAAUUCUUCGACGCUGGUGUCGAAAUGAUCAGGCUUGCGUCAAUAGGGAGGCAGAUUGUUCAAAACUUUUCCCAGAACGAGGUCUUGAUUGAUGGCGCGAAGCUAGAAGAGAGAGACUUCCUUCUUCAUGGCGAGCAGUAUUGGGAGUGGCUGGUUGCGCGAAAGGAAUUAGUUCAGCUAACGGAAGCCUGGGAGAAACUCGCCAGCGUGGGAUGCAUGGAAGUUUGUCCUGCGAAACUCCACGCAGUACAUCCCUGGAUGAAGUACGCUUUCGCCGGGUGGGAUGAACGACAACCUGUCGAUUUCCCUCAGUUCCCUGGUAUUCCUUUUGCUUUUCUCGACAACAUUGAUCGAAAAGACGAAAUCCUCCGAUGGCAUCCUUACUACGCUCGUCGGGAUAUGCCUUCAACCCCCAAUGUCGUCGACUGUUUCUGGACCUCUCCCUCCAUCCCCCAACGCUACAACCCGGAGCUUUCUCUUCAACUUGAGCAGACGGAUGACAACAAGGAAUGGCCUGCUGAAUGGUGUGGUAUUAUGAGGAAGGCGCAGAACAAAACAAUGACCCUUCGGUAUCACGAUGAGGACGGCCCUUGUCACACCACGCAUGGAGACCGGGGUACUGAUUCACCUCUAUCCGUACCCUCUUCAAGGCCAAGGACUCUAUCCACGCACUCUUCAGGACCAAGGACACCUCCUUGGGCGAUUCCCUAUGGCCAAGAGCCUCCUUUUGACUGGAAGGAGAUUCACUGGGAUCAACCGCCUAGACUUAUCGAGUCGCCGGCUGUGAGUCCUAAAACUAUUCCUGCGAGGGCUGAACAUAUUUCUUCUGUGCCGUAUGAUGAUCGCAUGGAGGUGGAUAUGUUUUUGUUUGAACAAUUUGUCGGAGUCGAGGAACCUACCAGCAGGGAGUUCCUUAGUGUCUCGGUUACAGACGAUGAGGAGAUGUCGUCGAAGAGGCGAAGGAGUGGGAAUGAUCUAGAUGAUGGAGAGGCAGAGAUGCAGACGGCUAAGAGACCCCGCACUGCCUAG